AUGACACAUUUGUUUCAAACAUUAGAACAGGGUAAUGAACACGACUCUCCAUACGAUGACACUGUUCAUUUUUCCCCUGGUCGAUUCCGAAUACAUCCUACCAACAUAAACAGAACCCAACCACCUCCUCCUUCCCCUGGAGAACCUGACGAACGUACUCACCUUUUAUUUGGAAUAAGACCAAAAAAGAGUCAGGUUCAGGAGUGGACUCAUGUUACGUGGAAGCGUACAUUGAUAUUGAACGUGUUUCCAGUUGCAGUGGUUCUGGCUUGGUGUGCUGUUCCUUUCCCAAUUUAUGGUCCAAGCGGUUCAAUAAAACACUUUGGAUUUUCAGUAUACACGAAUGUUAUAAACAUUUUCCAUUUACCAAAUCAUGAUGAUAAUCCUGUAGAAAUCAACUUUUGGUUCUUUCUAUUUUUCUAUUAUGGAUUCUACAAUGCCAUAGCACUUUUGAUGGUCACGAAAAUGUUCGAUCUGUACUCUUUGAAUUGGUGGCCAAAAUGGCUCGGUGGUUGUUUCGCUUAUGCUGUUUUUUGGCUUUCGUCCCUUAUUGGUGGCGUCAUAAUAUACCUAUAUACUAGUCUGGUAAAAUACAAUUUGACGUGGGUCUUACUCACCUUCUUCACGAUGAAUAUGCCAUUAUUGGUGGGAUUCAUCGUCAUUCGUGGGCAGACAAGUAGAAGCCAUUAUCGGUUUUCGUUUACAUUGGCUCAAAAGACAUUUCUUGAACGUCAAUUACUUCAAUCGAGAUAUCGCAUGCCUGCACAAUAUGUCCGCUUUUUGUGGUUCAGUUUCACUUUAUUUAUCGUAAUUGCUGCAUUUACAGCUGGUGAAGCGUACACUUAUGUUUUCUUAACAACUCCGGAGGCGCACACAGGAGUAGAUGCAUUCGUUUACGUUUACUCAUGGCUUGCAACCAUUUACAUACUCGACGCAGUCACUGAGUAUAUCAUUGAAUAUCGUGUCAAGUCGUAUCCCCUUCAAUUUACAUUCAAACUUUACUUUUUUAUGAUCUAUUUCAUUUUCUAUCGUAAUCUUUUUGCACGACUUCGCGAUCCGGAUCAAUAUAUACUUAUUCAAGCUGCCAGUUCUUUAUGGGUUUGUAUCUUUUACCCACUAUGCAUGACACGGACGGUUCAUAAAAAUCUAGUAUGCUUUGUAGGGCUUCAAAAGGACUAUGAUGAAUAUAAGAAACAGUGUGGGAGGUCAUUUUUUAUUCGAAAUCUUGCAGAGAACGCGACAAUGCUUGGAUUCAUUUGCUGGAUAUGUAUUAUACAUUAUGGUCCUAAUUAUGAUGUAUAUCCUUAUUUUAAAUUUAACGAAGAAGGGAAUCCAUUUGAUUUUGAUUUGACUUUACGAAUGAGUUGUAUUAUUUGGGCAUUUGAACUUGUAAGUGCCGGCAUUACUAGAACAAUAUUUAGAAAAUUAUUCAAGCAUAGUAUUUCUAAGUCAGCUGUUAAGGACUUUGAUGAUUAUCCGGAAAUGGUUGUAGCAAUGAUUGUGAUAAUUAUACACGUACUGCAGGAUAUGUUGAUGGCUCUUCUUAACUUGAAUUUUAAAGAUGCACUUGGCUCAAAAUACAAACCAUAA